AUGUCUUCCACCGGGCAUAGACACUCAACCUCAGUGUCCCAAAACCACAAGGCACAACUCGCUAACGCUUAUAAUGAACUCGGGAAGGAGCUCUCGUCCCAGAAGAUCAGGGUUGUCGGUAAUUACACGCUAGGGAAAGUCAUCGGCGAGGGUGGAGAGACAGGUACGUACGGUAAAGUACGACUCGGGGUACAUCGCCUCUCUGGGACCCGCGUCGCCAUCAAGCAGAUUCCAAAGGCUAUGUCUGCGUCGCUCACGCGUGAGAUCCACCACCACAGACAACUACACCAUCCGCAUGUUACACAACUGUUCGAGGUAAUUGCAACCGAGUCCAACAUCUGGCUCGUUACCGAGCUCUGCUCUGGGGGCGAGCUUUUUGACUACCUAGCGGAGAAGGGCCGCUUGAACGAGGAAGAGACACGCAUCAUCUUCGGGCAGCUAUGUCUCGCUGUCGCGUACGUGCACUCAAAGGGGAUUGUACACCGUGACCUGAAACUGGAAAACGUGUUGCUGGACGAGCGCUGCCGCGUGAAGCUUGGCGACUUUGGGUUCACGCAAGUGGACGUCUGGUCACUGGGGAUCAUUCUUUAUACGCUCCUGACGGGCAUGCUACCGUUUGAUGAUGACGACGAAAGUAUCAUGAGAGCCAAGGUGAUAGAAGGCGUGUUUGAGGAUCCCGAAUGGCUUUCUGAAGAUUCGCGAGACCUAAUUAAGAACAUCCUACAAACUGACCCCGAAAAACGCCCCUCAAUCGCCCAGAUAUUAGCGCAUCCUUGGUUCACCGCAUUCACUACGAUACCUGUUCUUCCAGCCUCCUCGCGCAGCAGCAUCUCAUUCUCCUCCCGGCCGAAUUCCCCAAUGAUGCUGCGUCCGCCAUCUGCGGAUGCGGACUCUCAGCCACAGUCCGCAUUGUCAGAGUCGACCUAUCACUCCGCCUCUUCGGAGUUCCCUACCUCAGUAGCCACGACGCCCGACCAAGGGAUUCCAGACGACGUUUUCGGCAUUGGAAGCGUAGGCGUCAAAGUAGAUGCUACACCAGACGAACGGCCACAGACACCCGAUCAGACCCCGUCACGCUCAUCCUUCUCUCGCAGUGGAUCUAACGCGAAUCCGAAGGUCCCGCCAGCAUAUCCGACACGGACCCCUGCGCGCACAAAGCGUCGCUCCGUAUCAUCUACUCUGUCUGACCCUAGCACACCUACGUUUGAAAAAACUAACGGUGUAUUACCGGUACAGGACUUCUCCUCGUUACUGCAAACCCCUGCACCUAUCAUCUUCUCGACCCCGCUUGAACGAGAGCUGCUAAAUUCUUUGAGCAUGCUAGGCUUUGACACCGGCCAGAUUGUGCACUCGGUGCUGAGCGAUGCGUGCGAUGCUACAGGGGCACUCUGGUGGAUGCUCAAGCGCAGGGCGGAGAAACGCGCCCUGGAGGAGGUUCCGGCUGGAGCUGAGGGUGCCACCGCCAAGUCCCAAGCGGAAGACAAGGGGAAGCAUCGUGCAAGGGACAAGGACAGCAAAAAGAUCCCCGCUUUUGUGCACGCUGCUGUCGAUGCAAGUCAAUCGAUGUUACUGCCCGCCAUGACGCAGGCGCACUCUGCGCCCGAGUUGCAGUUGAUACCCCCAACUCCCACAGCCUCGGUCACGACGCGCCCACGCACACCUCCUCGUACCAAGUCCCCCACGAGCCAGCUUCUCUCACCUACGCCGUCAACUGCGGAUAUCUCGAUCCGCUCGCACCCUUCCACGCCUGGCGGUAGCAUGAAGGACAAGGACGGCUCCAAAGGCCGCAAAGCGCGCUCAGGCAGUGUCAGCAUUAUGCAGCGGGCCACCACCGCGCUCGAGGCCGCAGGGCUGGUCAGAAAGAAAUCCGCCGAGGGCGUGCGGGAGGAAAAGGAGAAGGAGCGGGCUACGGACAAGCGCAGCGGGAAUGGCAGCGGCGACGAGCCCCGUGUCUCGCACGGAAGCGGCUCGAGCAAGCUCGCAAAGAGCCCGCCUCUCAAAUCGAAUGAGAUUGCGGUGCCCACAACGCCGCCCUCGAGCGCGGAGCUCAAUCACGUGGCGAUGUCUUCGCCGUGGGUCCUCACAAACUCGAGGGCGUCGCCGCCCCCGACAGACUCGCCCCGCGACACCCUCUCUGCGCUGCCGAACAUCACCGGCAACAAGGGCCUCGGGAACCGCAACCGCGCGAGCCUGUUGUCUGCGUUCCGCAUGUGGUUCAAGGAGGACCCUAAGGGCAAGCGCAAGGAGCACUCGCCCACACACGCGCACCUGUACACGGCCGCGCUCAACAACCCCGGCCCGAGCGGCGGAUCGGGGCGCAGUCGACCCACAGUCAAGCGGCGCGCGAGCGGGAACCGCGCGGGGCGUCAGGCGCGCUCGAAGCGCACGUCGGUCUCUUCGCGGCGCUCAAGCAGCGUCAACUCGCGCCGGUCGUCCGUACACUCGACGCACUUCCCGCUGCUCGAGUCGCCCGGGCUCGCGUCUACGUCCGUGUCGCGCCGGCGCAGCGACGCAAGCCGGCGCUCGUUUGGAAGCCACACGCCCAACUCGGAGCGCGAGGACCUCGUCUCGCGCCCGUCGUCGAUGCAGAGCUUCUAUGGCCAGCAGCGGCACCGCAAGUCGCCGUCGGCGAGCUCCGCGGGCUCGAUGCACCCCGGGCGCACGUCGUCGCCGCUGCCGAGCAAGUACCACCGGCGCGCGGGCUCCGGGUCGUCGACGCGGGUCAUGCGACAGAUGCAGCCGCCGAACCUCGCGCACCUGCGCUCCAACUCUGCGUCGUCGGCGCAGUCGCGGGGCUCCUCGCACCCCGGCUCGUCGUACGACCUGUCGGAGAGCGACAGCAGGCGGAACAGCUCGCCACACAAGCCGCAGGUACGGCGCUCGCUCGAGGAGACGCCGCGCCGCGCACACACCCCGACGGCCUUUGCUGCACACAAACGCCAGACGCCGUUUGCCAAUCCCAGCGGCAGCGGCGGGUACCUUAACUCGCUCGGGCGGUCAAGCUGGAAGAAGUCGUGGGGCUUGGAGCCCCCCGGCUGGCAGACCCGCCAGGCGUACUCCGCGAUCGAGGUGCUUGCGAUCUCGCCGCCGGUCGACGGGCAGGGCAUCCGCGACGUUUUUUCCGGCAGGCAGUCGCUCAGCAUGGGCGACGAGUCGGACUGGGUGGACGAGGACGACGACUCGCCCGGGUAUGCCGGCGGCCUGGGCCAGAUGCCCAUGGCCGCGUGCGGCACCGCCGGCCCUUCGUAUUCGCAUCCGCCCGAGACACCCAUCCUCUCGCCGGCUCCCCGCGGAAACGCCAGCCGUGCGAGCAGCUCCAAGCGAACGCCUGCGAGCCUUGCACCGGUCAAUGUGUCCAGCAGGGGCUCACGGGGCAAGGCGGGGCGAUCGCCCGUCGGGCGUAGCUCCCCGUUGCCCAGUGAAAGCUCGUUCGAGCCGCCCGAGCCGCGAGGAGGAAGACGCCAGCUCCCCGCCGGGCGGUCGGGUCCCGCUGCGAUUCAAGAGGAAGACGAGGACGAAGAGUAG